AUGGAUGAUUCUUCGACUCCGAGGACCCGAUUUGUAUCCAGACGACUCGACCCGGUCAAGUUAUCGCCCAUGGGCACAAUUUCUUCCCGGCGAUCGUUCUCUUUCUCCACCAGUUCCAUCUUAUUCACCGACGACUCUUCAGGAACUCCUCUCCGUCUCCUCGGGGUCCCAUUUUCAUGGGAAAAACUUCCCGGCGAACCCAAAGAGCUCUCAUAUCACCGGAAAACCGAAUCAGCAAACAACCUCUUGCCUCUCCCUCCUCACCGGAAUAACUGCCUCCCGGCAGCCGGAAAACACUUCAGUCUCAACACCACCCGUAAGAAGAACACGCCAUCGACGGUCAUGAGAGAUCCCUUCACGGCGGCGCUGGUAGAAUGCUCAAGAUGCGGCGGCGUUGAAGAGGGAAAACAUACCGGCGGCGAAUCAAACAAGGCCUUGCGGAAGAAUAGCAUCAGGUUAGUGAAUCUUUAUGCUUCUUGUAAAAGAGCUUGUGACGUGUCAGAAUCCAUUAUUUAUCUCCCGAGAUCCGUCGCCGGAGUUGCUUCUUACGAUCAUCUUCUUAGCAGCACUCGUCGUCGUCGCCGAUGA